GUUCUCGCGAUAGCCGUGCGGGCGGCGGGGCCGAGGGGGCCGAGGGGGCCGAAGAGGCCCUAGGCCGGCGGGCGGCGCCCUAGGUGGCGAUAGAGUCUUCUCCCCUGUGAUGGAGGACGGGGGACUGUAAGCUCCUUGAAGACAGGGAUCUGCCAACUCUUGCUUUGAGCUCUUCAAGUGCUUAUUACAGUAGUCCGCACACGGGGGAAUAUAUGAAGGGAGGAAAGGACGAGUCUGCUGAAGAUGAGGCGGCUGAAUCGGAAGAAAACCCUCAGUUUGGUGAAGGAGCUGGAUGCCUUUCCAAAGGUUCCUGAAAGUUAUGUAGAGACUUCAGCAAGUGGGGGUACAGUUUCUCUAAUUGCGUUUACCACUAUGGCUUUUUUAACCGUAAUGGAAUUUUUGGUCUAUCAAGAUACCUGGAUGAAGUAUGAAUAUGAAGUAGACAAGGAUUUUGCUAGUAAAUUAAGAAUCAAUAUAGAUAUCACUGUUGCCAUGAAGUGUCAAUAUAUUGGAGCCGAUGUGUUAGAUUUAGCAGAAACAAUGGUUGCAUCUGCAGAUGGCUUGGUUUAUGAACCAGUGAUAUUUGACCUCUCACCGCAGCAGAGGGAGUGGCAGAGAAUGUUGCAGAUGAUUCAAAAUCGGCUGCAGGAGGAACAUUCGCUCCAAGAUGUGAUAUUCAAAAGUGCUUUUAAAAGUGCUUCAACUGCAUUGCCACCAAGGGGAGAUCUUUCACUACAACCUCCUGAUGCUUGCAGGAUUCACGGACAUCUUUAUGUUAAUAAAGUGGCAGGGAAUUUUCACAUAACUGUGGGCAAGGCUAUCCCCCAUCCUCGAGGUCAUGCACACUUGGCAGCCCUCGUUAGCCAUGACUCCUACAACUUUUCCCACAGAAUAGAUCAUCUGUCUUUUGGCGAACUUGUCCCAGGAAUUAUCAAUCCUUUAGAUGGAACCGAAAAAAUCGCCGUAGAUCACAACCAGAUGUUUCAGUAUUUUAUCACAGUUGUGCCAACAAAACUCCACACAUAUAAAAUUUCAGCAGACACCCAUCAGUUUUCAGUGACAGAAAGGGAACGCGUCAUUAACCACGCAGCGGGAAGCCACGGGGUAUCUGGAAUAUUUAUGAAAUACGAUAUCAGUUCACUGAUGGUGACAGUGACGGAAGACCACAUGCCGUUUUGGCAGUUCCUUGUGAGGCUCUGCGGCAUCGUUGGGGGCAUCUUCUCCACAACAGGCAUGCUACAUGGAAUUGGAAAAUUUAUAGUGGAAAUAAUUUGCUGUCGUUUCAGACUUGGAGCCUACAAACCAAUUACACCUGUCCUGUUUCAAGAUGGCCACACAGACAACCACUUACCUCUUACAGAAAACAACACACACUAGAACCUCCGGAGUGGAGGGGGAAAAACUUUUUUUUGCCUGACGGAAAUCUUUUUUAUAAUAGAACAUUUGUGCAAUACGUUCAACGCAAACAGUAUGGCCGGGAAGCGAAAGUCACACCUUUAAAAAAUGGAAGCCCCCCAGCCCAUGUACUUUGUGUCUGUUGCUCCAUGGGGCUAUUGCUUUGAAGACGACCGCUACUUUUCUCGGCACGUUGGGAGGCCCGAGGUCUUGUGAUCGCCCAUCACUUUGCGGGGAGAGAGAGCCCCCCCGGGGGUGGGAAUAAAGCAAAAUAGAUCAGGUUGAGGAGAAAUGCUCAAGGCCUUCAUCUUUAAAGGGAAUCCUGGCUGAAGAAAAUGCGAGUUCAGAUCACGUCCGGCUCUCAAUAAGUAGCAGGUUACCGGUCCCAAGAUGAAUAAAGAAGGCGGAAUGGUAGAAAAUAAUGUCCGGCAGGAUCCAAAAUGCAUCCAGUGAAGAAAUUGGCGUCAGGAGGUCGAUUUGGUUUUCUGUUCAUACUCCGAUUCAUCGAAAGUGAAUUGCGAGGGCUUUUAAGAUUUGGUGUCUUCCACCUGCUCUCGAGUGGUGGGGGACACUUUGGGCAGGCACAGGGCCUGCCGGGAAAACAGGUAAUACCCGUAGAAUGACUUCUAAAUCUGGGGAAGUAUAAUUAGCAUGUCCAGUCUCCUGCUUUGGAUUUAGUCAUCGAUUCGGCAUAUCUAAGAUGAGUAAGUAGGAAAGGGGGACUUCUCGGCAGGAGAUGUUAGAGGUUUUGAGCAGUUCCUGCAUUGAAAUUGCAAACAGACUGAAGGAAAUGAAAUCUGUCAAGUGUGAAAGGAGACGGGACUUUUUUUCUUUAUCCCCGAGAGCUUCCGGAAGGGUGGCGUUGUAUAAAAUGAAUCAAAGGGUAAAGCGGAGAAGAAGAACAGAGUGGUUGAAGCGUGCCGUGCGCGUUGAGGGCGUGUCUCGGGAUGGUCACUGGCGUUUUCUGUCUCUGCCUCUGCUCCGAGGUUGUUCUAGCCGAUUGAAGGACUAAUUACUAAUCACCGCAAAAUUAAUUUUGAAAAGAGGCAAAUGGCACAAGAGUUGGAAAAGAAUAAAAAGAAAAGCAACCGGC